AUGGAACUACGUAAAGGUAUACGCAAUACCUGGGGAAAGGACAUGCCGUCAAAUGUUCGCAUUGUUUUCUUACUUGGAAACACCGACGAAGAAAAUCAUAAACGUAUCCGUGAGGAAAGUGAGAAAUAUUCUGAUGUCAUACAGGAAGACUUUUUGGAUAAAUAUCAGAAUAACACCUACAAAACUAUCAUGGGAUUUAACUGGGGUGUGACGUGGCCACAUUACUUAGCAGGAGGAGCGUAUAUUGUAUCUUUCGCAGUUGCACAGAAGUUCCAAAUAGCGUUUCCGUAUGUCAAGUAUUUAGGAAAAGAAGAUUGUUUUUUAGGAGUUGUAGCUAGAAAACUUAAUAUCACUCUAACUCACAAUCUGUACUUUGCAAAUAGGGCAUCAUUCAUGAAUAAUAACAAUAUAAAACAAUUUGAUAUGUUUAAUUUACUUGGCUUUAAGAACCCAAAGAAAAUGAGAAGGUUAUGGGAUAUGCUUCACGUUAUUGACACGACGAAAACUUUCGCACAUUGA